AUGACGCCGGGCGUGAUGAGCAAGGAUGUAAGGAUCCCGCCCGCCCGCGCCUCGCUCAACCUCAGCGGCGUUCACCUGAAGGUGGCGCUGUGGUCGUGUAAGCAAAACGCCGAGUUCACUCUGGGAUCGCGCGUUCUCCAAGAGCUGUCUACGUUCAUGUACUUCACCUACACCGUCACGGCACGCUGCUACGGCUUUGACGGCAUAGUCGCCGGGAUGGCAGCGGGAGAGAUAGACAUCGCAGCUUAUCUGCGAAUGACGGAGCGACGGCAUCGGUACCUGAUGUUCAAGCUGGGAUCCGUGCUGCAGCAGGGCGGCACGUAUAACGCUGACGACAUGCCGUCACGGAUGCUGGUCGGAUGGUGGUGGCUGUUUGCUCUGGUCAUCACAGCGACCUACUCUGCCAAGCUGGUCAGCAAUCAAUCGGUACAUCACAGCCAUUCUUACCCGUUUACAUCCAUACAAGAGGCCGCCACCAGUCCACUGACACCGCUCGUCUAUCGCGGCAAUUCAGAAGAGCAACUGCUCUCCAACAGUGACCCCGAAUCUGACCUCGGUCGACUGUGGCGCCGCGUAGUGGACGAUGGCGCACUCAUUGAUUCAAAAGAGGAGGCGUACGAGCGCGUGUUGUCCGGUGAUUACAGCUUUAUCAACGACGAGACUUUCUCCAUUCUCUUCUUCGCUAGAGACUACCUACAGCACAACCACUGCCGAUUCACGCGGGUGCCCGUCUACUUCUACUCCGGAUACCGAGGCUUCGCCGUGCCCAAGCACUUUCCUUACGCGGAGCAGCUUAACUACGGCAUUCGGACGCUGUCCGAGCGAGGAUUCAUCAAUCAGUGGAAGAAGGAGACGUUGCCAGAGGGAGCCGAAUACUGUCUUCAGUUGUUGGACCCGCCCGUCGUCGGCGCCCAGUCGCUCUCCUUCUCGCACACCCGCAGUCUGUUCCUGACUCUCGUCAUGGGUAUAGGGGGCGCUGCCGUCUGCUUGCUGGUGGAGAUCGUCAUACAUCACGUGGGCAGGAGGAUCCGUACCUCGGCACCCUCCACGCGCACCUUGGAGAUGAUCAUCGUAGGGGGCGCCACUGCUGCCUGCGUGGCGGAAAACAGCGAGAUCACCACAGCAGCAGCGCCCCCUAGUGGUCUGUCGGCGGCUUCCGCUGACGUCAGCCGGUCGUGUGAUGUGUAG